AUGGAGGUGUGGAGCAGCGAAGAAGAAAAGGGUCUGACUGAACUGGAGGGCUCGACAGGCACCAUGAUAGCCUUGAACUCCUCCAGCCACCUCCUCCUCUACUAUGAUGCUGCUAACCACACCAACUACACCACUACCAACAACAUCACCUAUUUCCCUUACUACCAGCACUCCCUCCCUGUGGCUGCUAGCUUCAUCCUAGCCUACCUGUUCAUCUUCCUGCUGUGCAUGGUGGGUAAUGUGCUGGUGUGUCUGAUCGUGCUGGGGAACCGCCGCAUGAGAACCGUCACCAACCUUUUCAUCCUCAACCUGGCGGUCAGCGACCUGUUGGUGGGCAUUUUCUGCAUCCCCACAACGCUGGUGGACAACCUCAUCACAGGCUGGCCGUUUACCAACACUGUGUGUAAACUGAGUGGUCUGGUGCAGGGGAUGUCUGUGGCUGCCUCAGUCUUCACCCUGGUGGCCAUCGCAGUGGACAGGUUCCGCUGCAUUGUGUACCCUUUUCAGCCCAAACUCACCCUCCUAGUUGCCAAGGCGACCAUAGCGAUGAUCUGGGUUCUGGCCGUGGUAAUCAUGUGUCCCUCAGCAGCUGCCCUGACCGUGGAGGAGGUGGCUGAUCACUACAUGGUUUACAGCCAGAACUACAACAUGACCUACCCCCUGUACUCCUGCUAUGAGAACUUUGCUGACCCGAAGAUGAGAAAGGUCUACACCACGGUUCUGUUCGCACACAUCUACUUGGUGCCCCUGACUCUCAUCACCGUCAUGUACGGGCGCAUCGGGGUGAAGCUCUACACCUCUGUGGUGUCAAGCAGAGAACCUCAGGAUGCAGCACCUCCUCCCCCCACGGCCAGGCAUGAGGGGGGAAGGCCACAGAUCUCCCAGAAGAAGAUCAAGGUGAUCAAGAUGCUGAUUGUGGUGGCCUUGCUGUUCAUGCUGUCCUGGCUGCCGCUGUGGACUCUGAUGCUGCUGACGGACUACGGAGGGCUGGGAGAGGAACAGCUGGAGCUCCUCACUGGAUACAUCUUCCCCUUCGCCCACUGGCUAGCCUUUUCCAACUCCUCUGUCAACCCCAUCAUCUACGGAUACUUCAACGAGAACUUCAAGAGGGGCUUCCAGGCCGUCUGCCAGACCAACUCUUGUUGCCGCACAGGGAAUAGGGGUGAGGUAACGGGAAGGGGAACUAGGGAAGGUAGAGCAAGAGGUGGGGGUAAUGGUGGAUUGGAUGGAGGCGGACUGAGGGAUCCCACAAGCAACCCCAAUCCUCUCUUGUUUGGGGCAAGAAACAAAGUAUACACCGACGGUAAUGUGGCAGACUCUGUGCUCCUUGAGCUGGAGUUGAAGAAGAAUUCUAAGGUGGGAAGCAACACAGUCCAUGUUGAGGGCAUGGGGACUGGGGCGAGUGGAGGAAUGGGAAUUGGCUAUGUGAUGAACAAAAAGGGGAUUCAUGUUGAGGAGCCCACCAGCCCAAUGGGAGUGUGUCAGGCCUGGGAUCAUUAG